GCGCAUGUGCAGAGGGCCGGUUAUUUCGCUCAACUUCCUUUAUGGCCACGCUGUGGUAAAAUGGUAGAGAAAAGGAGCAUGGCUCACACCGAAAGACAUUCUCAGGGUGAUCCCAAGGCAGGUUCUCUACAAAAUGGUGACGAUGAUAUGCCAAGUUUCAGUGACCCAGAAGACUUUGUGGACGAUAUUACGGACGAAGAACUUCUCGGCGACAUCCUUCCGCAGCGACCUGCAGAGGCAGACGGUGUCGAGAGCGUCAUAGUGGUGGACAACAUCCCCCAGGUGGGCAGCGAACGUAUCGAGAAGCUGAGAAAUGUGUUGCAGAAGAUCUACUCCCAGUUUGGAGAAAUCAGCACAGAGCACAUCCCCGUCGAUGAAAAUGGAAAGACGAAAGGGUACAUGUUUCUGGAAUACAAGAAUCCCCAAAGUGCUCAGGAUGCAGUCAAGGCAACCAACGGCCACAAGCUGGACAGACAGCACACAUUUGCUGUUAACCUCUUCACAGACUUUCAAAAGUACGAAAGUAUUCCCGACGAAUUAAAACCUCCUCAGCCACAGCCCUACAUGGAUCACGGAAACCUGCGGCAGUGGUUGCAAGAUCCCGACUGCUACGACCAGUACAGCGUCAUCUACUGCGGAGGAGAGCGUGUAGCCGUCUAUCUCAACAGUAAUCCCGAGCCCGUGAUCGUCAAAGACAGAGAGAGAUGGACAGACAAUCUGGUGAUGUGGUCACCUUUGGGCACCUACUUUGCCACCUUCCACCUUCAAGGCAUAGCCCUGUGGGGAGGGGAGGAGUUCUCACAAAUCAUGAAGUUCUCACACUACGGAGUCAAGUUCAUUGACUUCUCUCCCUGCGAAAACUACCUGGUAACAUUGAGCCCACCAACACAGGAGCACCACCCAAACUACGAUGAGACCCAGGCGGUCAUCAUCUUUGAUAUUCGAACGGGUCUCAAGAGGAGGAGCUUCUCGGCUGACGCGGAACUCACCACCUGGCCCAUGUUCAAGUGGAGCGGAGAUGACAAGUUCUUUGCCCGCAUGUCCACCGACACCCUCAGUAUUUACGAGACACCUUCCUUCGGGUUGCUCGACAAAAAGUCCCUCAAGAUCCCUGGUAUCAGGAGUUUUUCCUGGUCUCCCGUCUCCAAUAUCAUGGCAUACUGGGUGGCAGAAGACAAGAACGUCCCAGCCCGAGUGACGCUCAUCGAGGUUCCCUCUCGCCAGGAGCUUCGUGCCAAAAACCUCUUCAAUGUUGCCGACUGCAAGAUGCACUGGCAGAAGUCGGGGGACUACCUCUGCGUUAAAGUGGACCGUUACUCCAAGGCGAAGCGAGAAAAGAACGAAUGGAAAUAUAGCGGCAUGUAUUUCAACUUUGAAAUAUUCCUCAUGAAGGAGAAGCAGAUCCCGGUUGACAGCCUAGAAAUCAAAGAUUCUAUCGUGGCGUUUGCGUGGGAGCCUGUGGGCAGCAAGUUUGCCAUCAUCCACGGUGACAGCCCCCACAUCUCGGUCAGCUUCUACGGCGUGAAACCUGGCGCCAGUGCGGUGCUGCUCAAGAAGUUUGAACGUAAACAGUGCAACCACUUGUUCUGGUCUCCAAAUGGACAGUUCAUCGUACUUGCUGGACUCAGAACCAUGAACGGCACCCUCGAAUUCAUCGACACAGCAGACUUCACUGUCAUGAACCAGAACGAUCACUUCAUGGCGUCGGAUGUUGAGUGGGACCCGACCGGACGUUACGUCGUUACGGGGGUCAGCUGGUGGUUGCACAAGACGGACAACGCAUACUGGCUUUGGUCCUUCCAAGGACGCAUCGUGAAGAAAUGUAACGUGGACCGUUUCUGCCAACUGUUAUGGAGGCCGAGACCUCCGUCACUGCUCUCCGAAGAAAAGAUCAAGGAAAUCAAAAAGAACUUCAAGAAGUACAGCGAGCAGUUUGACAUGAAGGAUCGCCUGUCCAUGACGAAGGCUUCCAAGGAGGUGAUGGAGAAGCGGAAGAAGAUGCAGGAGGAUUUCCGUGCCCUGCGGGAGCGUAAGACGAAGGAAUAUGCUGCCAACAAAGGCCUCAGGCUCGAGCUUCGCGACGGUAUUGACACGGACGAGCUGGACAGCAACCUGGAAAACCUGGAGGAAGAAGUGGUGGAAUUCUUCGUCAAAGAGGAAGAGGUCCUACUGGAAGGGGGCGACGUCACGGAGUGAUAAGCAGGUCUUGUGAGCCAUGUCUCCAGAUGUUGAGGGUGGUAAAAUAAAAAGAAAAGGCUUUUGUUUACA